GGGGCAACAAAGGUUUGUCUUUUUUUUUUUUUCCUUCUCUAACGAGUCGCAUGCGCCUGCGCAGACCUGGAGCGACAUCUUGGUUACACAGCAGCAGCGGUGAACGGACAUUAUAGUAGCCACACCGGGAUUGACAGAUGCGUCCCAAAAGGUCAGGUCAAGGAAAGAAUACAUCAGAGGCAUCCUCCCAGAAGAAGGAGCCGGAAGAAGAGCCGCCCGGGAAGAGAAAACGAGAGCCGGAUCCUGGAGUUGAUAAAGGGAGCAAAAAAUCUGGUCGGAAGAAAAAUGUUACACAGGAUGCCGCAGAGUGCAGCAAAGGCUUACAAGAGAGGAAAAAAUACCAUAAACCAGAAGACAUUCAGACCAGCAUUGUGCAUUACCUGUACCGGAGCACGGUUGGGGGGAACGUCAGGGCAAAGUGCCUGCAGACUCCUUUCCUGCGGUCUUUGGCAUCGUACAUUCUCUAUCGAACCAACAGCCCCUUUGACAGAAGGGUCACCACUCUAGAAUGGCAUCCGACCCACCCCAACACGGUCGCUGUAGGGUCAAAAGGCGGGGACAUCAUACUGUGGGACUACGAGCAGCUAAAUAACACGAUGAUCCCUGGCAUUGGAGCUGGAGGCUGCAUCACUGGGAUGAAAUUUGACCCAUUCAACCCUAAUCAGCUGUAUACAUCGUCGGUCGCAGGCAGCACCGUCCUGCAGGACUUCACCGGACGGACCGUACAGAUAUACACCAACACUGAAGACUGGGCUAUGUGGUACUGCAGCCUGGACGUGUCUGCCAGCCAGCGGUGUGUGGUGACUGGAGAUAACGUGGGAAACGUGGUACUGUUGGAGACGUGCGGAAAAGAGAUCUUUAAGGUCCGGCUACACAAGAAAAAGGUGACACACGUGGAAUUUAACCCUCGAUGUGACUGGCUUCUGGCCACCGCCUCCGUGGAUCAAACGGUGAAGUUAUGGGACUUGAGGAACAUCAAGGAUAAAUCCAGUUGUCUGUACACGUUGCCACAUGCCCGCGGUGUGAACUCGGCUUACUUCAGUCCUUGGGAUGGCGCCAAGCUUCUCACUACCGACCAGCACAGUGAAAUCCGUGUUUACUCUGCGUGCGAUUGGUCACAGCCCCAGCGUAUUAUCCCACACCCGCACCGCCAGUUCCAGCACCUGACUGCCAUCAAGGCCACAUGGCAUCCCCGUUACGACUUAAUUGUGGCCGGACGGUACCCGGACCCUCAGUUCCCGGGAUACACAGCAGAUGAGUUGCGCACAGUUGACGUGUUUGAUGGGCAGAACGGCAAUAUAGUGUGCCAGCUGUACGACCCCUAUGCAUCCGGUAUUGUCUCGCUCAACAAGUUCAACCCUAUGGGAGACCUCUUGGCAUCAGGAAUGGGUUUUAACAUAUUGAUCUGGAGCCGAGAGAUCCUUCUAAUGAUGAAGCAGGAGGAGAUGAUGAAGGCUUUGAGAGAAAAAGGUAUUCCAGUGGGGAGGAAACAAGAACCCAAAACGCGUCCCUCUCAGAAAGACAAGACAAGCAAGACGCAGCCGGGGAAGACCCUGGUGAAAGAAACGACGAGCACACGAGGCAAAAGGAAGGACAAGUGAGAAGGUCCAGCCUGUCUCCAUAACCGCUGCACCCCCUCUGACUGCUGCGCCUGAACUCCACGACUGCCUUAUCGCACUGGUUGUACUAAGCGGAGUACGUUUGGUUAAGUCAGGUGGUAAUUUUUUUUGCAAAAGGCAAAACAUUCCUGUGGUUUGCUGCUGACAGAAGAGAGAUGAUAGCAUCUAAGAGGGCACAGUCAUAUCUCGGAGAAAGCCCACAGGCUCCUGUACGGCGCGUGAUGGUUAUAAAGUACUCGUAUGGGUAGAGCUGGCACCUAGCUGCAGUGGACAUACUUUCCUGGCAGCAAAUAUGUGGAUGGAACAUAGACGGAUAUGGCCAGGUGACUAUGACCUUGUCUGCAUAGGCAGUUACAUUUGUGCAGAGCCUCCCAUGAUUUAGCUUUAGGCUGCAUUCACACCACAGUAAAAAAAAAACGGCCAAUAAAAGCGGAUAAACUGUCAGUUUUUCAUGGCCGCUUUGUAUCAGUGUGUGCAUCCAUUUUCUGGCCAUUUAUCUGUUUUUAAUGGCUGUUUUGCAUCCGUUUUUAACGCCCAUUGUGGAUGAAUUUCAUAGGCUUUUUUAUUUCUUCCUAUAUCCCAACCCCUGCAGUGCCCUGAGUAUACAUAAUUCCCCCUGGACAUCCAAUGGACCCCUUUGUGCCCUCAGGAUAUAUACUUUACCUUCUGCCUCCAGUGCGGAGCGAGUGUUCCCACACAUGCAAGUGGAUUAGAUGAGGAGUAUUAAUAAUAAUAAUAAUAAUAAUAAUAAUAUUAUUUAAAAAAAAAUCAUUGUAACCCCUGAAAGACCCUUUUUUUUGUACUCGUUUAGAUGGGUGCACUCCUAUCUAAACCGAUUUCAAUGGUGUCCAUAGGACAUGUCCUAUUUUUUGACAGCCGCUGUUCACUGGCCGUUAAAA